AUGUCAUUUACAGGUUUUUCUAAAAGAUCGCAAUCAACCGUUUCCAAUCAAAUACGUCAAAAUCGUAAAAUGAAAAGUCCAAAAAUCAAUAUAAGUGAAUAUCAAAAUGAACGAGAUGAUAGAGAUCUUGAUAAAAAAAGAAAUAAUGAUGAUUACAUUGAAACAGAAUAUGAUGAAUCAGAUCACUUAUCUUCUGAUUUAGAAACUUCAAGAAAACGUAAACAUGAUAUGGAUGAUAUUGUAUUAACGCAAACAAACAAGAAAAUUGUAAAAGGUAUUGUCACGAUUACUAAGGAUAUACAAAAGAUAACUUUAUACCUUAUUGUAGAGCUAUUUAAAGGAUAUCUUGAAAGUUACAUUGAAAAGCAUUCUAAGGAAUAUAUUAAAGAUAUUGGAAAACAUCGUUGGGAUUCUCAUUUUUAUUCAGAAUUUAUGACUAUUGUAUUUUCUGAAGUUUUUGAAAUAAAAGCAAAUGCAGUAGAUGAUACCGGACUUCCAACGAUCAAUACAAUUAUCAUGAAAGCUAUAUCUAGAGAAGAUAAAGAAGUCUAUAAUGAUUUAAAAAACGAUGAUAGAUCAAAUGAUUAUAAUAGUACCAUUAAAGAGGAGAUUUCAGAAGAAAAUCAUUAUGAAUCUGAGGAUGCUAUGUUAUUUGAAUGA